AUGUGCACCUGCUGCGAUGCCAUUCAAGUUGAAGUCUGCUCAAGGGGCCUUGCAACUGUUGUGACCAAGGCGCAUUAUUACUGCAUCGUGACCCUCUUCAAGAACUGCAUUCUUGCUUUCGUUCCGGUCAUUUUCCAAAGAGGCGUGGCCUUUCAAUCUUGUCUGCUUGGUUUUUCCAUCGUGCUGUUCAUGAUGCACCAGCAGCAAGUUCAGCCCUGGAAGAGCAACAUUGCCAACCAACUGGAUGGAAUCUGCAGUGCUGCUUUGCUUUCACUGCUGCUCUGUGGAACUUUGGCAACGCCAACGAAUCUGAGCAUCGUAAAAGAUCUCCAGAUCGCGGGCACGGCGGUUGUGUGUCUCCUGGGAGUGUUCCUGAUUGGCGGCCUGGGCUACAGCUUGUACAGACUAUGCGUGCCGGGAAAGCACUACAAGUGGUUCAUCUGCCACCACAAAGCUGACGCAUCUGCACAAGCUCGCUUGCUCAAGAUGCUUCUGCAGGCUGGUUGA